CUUGCUCAGAGGGGCCCUCGGGGGUAAAGGUGACGGGUAGAUGAGAGCAGCGCGCUGGCUACCACAGUGACAAUGGGGAGAGAGGAUUAAUACAAAUCUUAACUGGAAUACACAAUUAAAAUGAAUAUUGAGACAGAUCUCACAUGCAUCUUAACUGGAAUAAAACACUAAAUAAAAAUAUAACAUUAAUCUAAAUCAGAAUACACCUUUGAAAAAAAUGCGAAGACGGAUCUACGAAUGAAUCACAAAACACAGACUGCAUGAUUGUGCCGUAAUUGUAAACCAGAAGCAGUCUGAAAUCACGACUGGAAUAAACCGCGUGAGUGAUGGAGAAUUAUUCCGCGCAGGGAAGACGCGAGGACAAAAGAAAAAAAAGUAGAGAUUGCACGUGUCUGCGUCGCCAGAGUUGACUGAUUUACGACGCAGCGACAACGAAGCAAUAGAGAGGAGUGGUUAGUGGCAAACAAGAUGUGCCUACCACGUGUGUGUGUGUGUGUGUGUGUGUGUGUGUGUGUGUGUGUUGUUCACGUAUAUAUUGAACGACAGUGGUAUGCUACAGUACACAAUAACAAGUGAAGAGUGACUGCGUGGUUGAUAUCCUUUGGCAGUCAUACUAUAUGCAAAACACGCAAUAUAUACAGGUGAAGGCGUUCAUUUGCGAGUCCUUCCCCACGCCGCACGCUGCGUCACUCCGGCACGAGGGGAAAGUGCAGCAGUGCGCUGAAGCGGAAGGCGACGACAGGCGACUGAGAGCAAGUGCAGCGUGACUGAAGGAGAAGGCAGAGGCGUGCGUGUGGGGCAUGGCGACACACUCAAGACCUGUCCUCAAGGUGGCGGUGGAGCAGUGGGUGCCGUGGACCAAGGUGCUGACGGACGCUGACGGGACGGUGAGGAUCGAGGGACCGAUGGCUAACCUCCUCGACAUUCUAUCUAACGUCCUCGAGUUCAACUAUGACUUGGUGCGCCCUACCGACCGUGUGUGGGGCGGCCCUUUGCCGAACGGCUCUUGGAACGGCAUGUUGGGCCAGCUGCAGCGCCAGGAGGUGGAGUUCGCUGUGGGUCCCUUCGGGGUGACUGACCUGCGGGAGACUGUGUGUGACUUUUCCACGCCUCUGUACAGCGAGAACAACGCAAUCCUGAUGGUGAGGCCCACCCUGCAGAGUGACAUGGCGGGGUUUGUGAAGCCCUUUACGGGACAGGUUUGGCUGCUGACGUUGCUGAGUCUGGCAGUGGUGGUGGCGGUGAUGACACCCUUAGCGGCGGUGGAAGUGAGGCUCUUCAAGUUAUCGAUGCGCUGGAGCUUGUCCAAAACCACCAUCUGGGGCCUGAAAGUGUUCACGCAGGAGGGCUCCGUGGACGUACCGCCCCUCAGCGCCAGCCGCCUGCUGGCAGCGGUGUGGCUGCUGGCGUCCCUGGUGUUCAUGUCCUCCUACAGCGGCAUCCUCACCGCCAUGCUCACCGUGCCACGGGUCACCAUCCCCAUUGACUCCCUCGCAGACCUGGUGGCGCAGAAAGAUCUACCCUGGAGGCUGGAGACAGGCUCCAUGAUGUUCCAGUACUUCAAGGAGGCGCAGGACGGCGUGCGGAGGGAGGUGUUCAGGGGCAUCUCGGGCACCUUUCCGGACUGCUGGGCGGCGCGCGAGGACAUCGCCAGCGGGAAAUACGCAGCCAUUUGCGACAAGACCACCAUGAAGAAAGCCAUGUCGUGGGAUUUCAGCACCAGCGGCAAAUGUCACCUGUACAUCUCCCGCGAGCUCGUGUACACCAACGCUAUCAUCGCCAUGGCAUUCCAGAGCAACUCCACCUACCUCGGCCCUAUCAAUCAAAUCAUCCUGACGGUGAAGGAGGCAGGCAUCCUGGACCAGUGGUUGAGUGCCCAGAUCACCAAUACCAGCCAGUGCCUUCGCCCCCCAACAGCAGACCGCUCGGAGGGCAUCGCCGCUCUAAGUAUCGAGGCUAUGGCGGGUUCCUUCCUUGUGUUAGCUGGAGGUCUGGCCGCUGGCACCGCAGUCUUUCUCUUGGAGGCCUCAGUACCCCGGCGAUGAAAAACAAGUGGAGGACCUUAUGAUGUGUGUACUGGUCUCUGUUCAUCUUUUCCCAGCGCUAAUCAACCUACACUUGUCCUCAGCACUACUGACCAAUACACAUGAGUUGUUUUUUUCUAUAACAAUUUCAUAAUGUCAUGAAAUUUACUGAAGAAAAGUUAUACUGUAGAUAUGUUAAAUAUUACGUAAAAAUUAACCCAUACAUGUCCUGAGCAAUAUACUUUUUUUCAUUCCCAAGAUUUAUUUUAUACCAGUCUCGCAAUGCCAUGUAAUUUGUCAGAAAGUGGCUAUUGUGAAAUGUUAAAUAUGACGUUAAAAUUACUCAUAUUUACCUGUGACCCCACCACCAGCCUCCCCCAACACCAAAACCACUACCACUUCCGCACUAAAGCGAUUCUCCCCGCAGUUCCCCACCAGUGAGCCACACCAUCACUUCCCCACCACUGUCAUUUCUCACCCAACAUCCCCCCACUACUGUGAACCUCCAUUACCACUACCAGAUCUCCCCCACCACCCUUCAUCCCCAUCACCAUCACUCUGGCCCCAACUCCCUCCACUGUGAUCCCAAAUAACUAAUCAGUUCCCCAGCUCAGUGACCCUUCACCAUCACCAAUCCAGCGCUUCCCCGCCCCCAACCAUAGAUCUCCAUAUUGUGAAAGUGAGCGCAUACCUCCUGGUGCAGAGAGAGAUAGAAAUUUGUACUCAAUAAAUGUUGGCAAUCACUGUGUUUCCUUGCCCUGUAUUUUCAUUAAGUUGUGAUGAAGUUAGGUGAAUAGAAAAAAAAGUGAAAAUAAAUUAAACUUAUCCUUUGUCGCUAAAUG